UCGCUAUGACGGCAUCUUCGACAUUUCACCAGCACGUUUUUGGCAGGGACCAGUACACUCGAAGUCGACAUCCCGAAAAUCCUGAGAUUGUGCUAGUAUAACAAGUUCGCUAAAAGCAUAUAGCGCCGGUCUCUCACCAACAUGGCAACCACAGAAUCUCAAUCUUACAAUCCGGACAUACCGUCAGACCCUGUGACCAAGACCACAGACACCAUCCAUGUCGAACUCACUCCGCACGAUCUAGACUCCUUGUCAGCAACAAGAUUUGUCCGCUCUCCAUCCGCAGGCGCAACCGUCCUGUUCAUAGGCACGACUCGCGACUCUUUUAACAACGAGCCUGUUUCAUCUUUGGCCUACACUUCUUACGCUCCCCUUGCCAUCAACACACUCUUUAAAAUCGCUACAUCAAUCCUCACAAAACAUUCAUGCACUAAGAUCGCCAUCAUUCAUAAGUUGGGUGAAUGUCCAAUUGGCGAGGAGAGCAUUGUCAUUGCAGUAUCGUCACCGCACCGCCAGGCGGCAUGGAGAGCUGGUGAGGAAGCAUUGGAGGAGACGAAGGAUAAAGCUGAAAUCUGGAAGCUCGAGAGGUUUGAGGGGGGUGAGGGUGUUUGGAGAGCGAAUAGAGACGGGCAAAAAGGUGUCAAGGUGGAAGAUGGAAAGCCUUCAUGAUGAAGAGAACGUUAAGUCGGAUGCCAUCCCCAAAUAGACUCUUGAAACCUGGAAAUAUGCCGAUUGCUGAACUUUUAUGGAUCAUCCUGUGAUACUACCUGCCAAGUGGGCGACAUCCGUUGGGUGGGUGGUAAGAUAUACAACAAGUCGCGCUGAGCAAUCAACCUUAAAAUGGUGCGUUAAGGUGAUGGGUUUUCAGCCCCAGG